UUUAAUUGUGAUCAGCACCAUGCUCGAGUAAGCAAGUAACGAUUUGCAUAUGGAUUAGGUAGUUUUUUUCCCCGGGCCUAUCGUAUUUAAUCGGGAUUUCAGCACCGGAGCUGUCCCCCUGACAGAUGAUGCUGCGUGAACUGGUGAUGCUGCGUUGGAGCUGCUGACAUCCUCCCUCCGUGUGGCUGUGUGUGUGUGUGUGUGUGUGUGUAUCUCCUAUACACACACCUCCUGUCCCCCCCUUUUUUUUUUUUACUCCCUCCUCGCUCCUCUCCUCCACACGCACAAAACGCUCUGUCAUGGCGUCUUCCAACCAUGUUACCCCUACCAACUGUAGCUGGUGGCCCAUCUCUGCCAUGGAUGAAGACGGAAAAAUGAUCGACGGGGAGGAGUGUGAUGAACCGACGGCAGAGCCUAAACCUUUAAACAAAGACAGGCUCGUUUUGUACCACUGGACUCAGUCUUUCACCUCGCAGAAGGUACGUUUAGUCAUUAAUGAGAAGGGUCUGGUCUGUGAAGAGAGAGAUGUGAGUAUGCCGCUGCAGGAGCAUAAAGAACCGUGGUUCAUGAGGCUGAAUCUGGGAGAGGAGGUACCCGUGUUCCUCCAUGGAGACACCAUCAUCAGUGACUACAACCAGAUCAUAGAUUACCUUGAAAAAAACUUUGUGGGAGAGACAGUGACUCCGUUGGUUCCUGAUGCAGACUCGCCUCUCCACGAUCCAGUCCAGCAGUACCGUCAGUUACUGGACGGCCUACCCAUGGACGCUUACACACACGGCUGCAUCCUCCAUCCAGAGCUCACAACUGACUCUAUGAUCCCAAAGUACGCCACUGCAGAAAUACGUAGACACUUGGCUAAUGCUGCAACGGAACUCAUGAAGUUGGACCACGAGGAACCUCAGCUUACAGAACCGUACCUGUCCAAGCAGAAGAAGCUAAUGGCAAAAAUCUUGGACCAUGAUAAUGUGAAUUACCUGAAGAAAAUUCUGGGAGAGUUAGCCAUGGUUCUUGAUCAAGUGGAGGCUGAACUGGAGAAACGGAAACUAGAGUAUCAAGGUCAGAAGUGUGAGUUGUGGCUUUGUGGACCUGAAUUUACACUAGCUGAUAUCUGCCUUGGAGCCUUGUUGCACAGGCUCAAGUUCUUGGGACUUUCUAAGAAAUAUUGGGAGGAUGGCAGCCGACCCAACCUGCAAUCCUUUUUUGUGCGUGUGCAAAAACGCUACGCUUUUCGAAAGGUCCUUGGGGACAUCCACACCACCCUCCUGUCAGCGGUCCUACCUAAUGCCUUCCGAAUGGUAAAAAAGAAGCCGCCAUCUUUCUUUGGGGCUUCUUUUCUCAUGGGCUCUCUGGGCGGGAUGGGCUACUUUGCUUACUGGUAUUUAAAAAAGAAAUAUAUGUAGUUAAAGCCCUCUUGUUGUGUUAAAUGUCUGUGUAUUUGUGUGAUGUUUAAACUUUUCUGUAAUGUUUUAUGACUGCAGGAAAACAUAAUUAAUCUAUAUAGAUAACACUAUAACUUACAUGAGUGAACAAAUGCAUAAUAAAACAUUCCAUAGUAACAAAUUCCAGACAGCACAUUUUCUGGUGGAUAUGGCCUUCAAAAAGUUCAAUAUCCAUAAGCUUGCAGCCCUUGUGCUUUGAAGUCAUCGUUUAACUUUUUGUGAGGGUCUGCUUAAACUUCAAACUACAAGUAGAUGUCCAGAUGAAACGUGGAACACAAUAACACCGAUGAGGAUUAAUCACCCUCCGCAUGCCACUGUCAUAUUUAUAGCUACUCUUUGUUCUUUUCCAUGUAUCUGAGGUUAAACUAGUUGAACCACGAGAAUACGAACAAAACAAACUUUCUGAUUUGUGCAUUGUUGCAAAAAACUGCCAGGUCCCAUAUUCAAAUGAAGGAGACAAAGUUUAAUGGUCUAAACAUCGCCCCCAUUUGGGAAUAAGGGGUUCAGAAAAUGGACGGAUGGAUGGAUGUGCACAAUAAGUAUGAAACUACACAAAUGACAUGGCAUUUGUAGCCUGGAAUAAGAAUUGAAUAGAGGAAAAAACAUCCCGGUUCGGUAAAAACAAACAGACUAAUAAACAACAAAGAAAAACCAAACAAACAGAUUCUCUGAAGCCAAUGAAUGAGGUUGUAAUUUAUUAUACAAUACCCUGGACAUACCCUGCCCAUCUCCGGGUCUAAAUUUGUAAUGUGAGACAUGAAAUAAUAUUUGAUAACUACUCACAGAGUUACGGAGAAGCUGUCAGUUGUUUUUGGCCUUUUAUAGAGUUAGAUUAGCGGUGCCCUCCCUGCAGUUUGUGCAUCUCAUGCAUCAUAAUUACUACAUAUCUGCUCCAAAAAAAGAUACAUAUGUAAUUUCACAGAAAAUCACAGAGCUUUGGUUUAGCAACACACAGCACAGUUAUGAGACUACAGGCAGCAAAGAGCUUCCUCAAAAAGUGUUAGAUAUAAAUGUUGUUGUAACUCAUAAAUUUCCCUUAAUUUUGAACAUACACGCUUGCUCUUUUUGUGAAACAGGCCAAUCACUGACAUAUUUUGCAUGUCAUUUAAUUUGAUAUGACAAUUUUCUGUGGUUAGCAAGGAGAUAUGCCAUUUUCAGCUAUUGUUCUUUAAAACUGAAAACACAUGUAAUAUGAGCCAUAUUUUUUCAGUCUUUUUCAUUUUUAAUAUCCCAACCGAUUUAAAAAUUGGUUUAGUUGUUCAUUUUUUAGUGUAGUCUUUUAAAACUCUUUUGAAACAACACUCAAAUUUUAAGGGUAAAUUCCACCAUUAUUUUUCAAAGGAAACUCUUUAAAUGCUGAUUAUAAUGACUAUGGGAAGACACUUCUAUUGUUUACAGAAAUAAAAAAAGAGAGAUAAAUUACUUUUUGAAUAUACAUCCCAUUAUCGCCAAUAGCUGUGUGAAAUGGAAAAUUUGAUAUGUAUGUUUUGUUACAGAUAUAAGUUCACCCCAUAUCUGAUGUCAGAUAUGUGAACGGUUUAGUAUUUGCAGAGCUUUUUCUUGCCAUAUUGUGACCAGCACUCCCUUUCAACGGCUAACAAUUCCGUUUUCUGUUUUUACGCUAAACAGGUUAUACCCUACCUUUGUAAAAUAAUUUUAAAAAGAUAAUGAACAAUCUUCUCCUAGCUAAUUUCCCUGAAUAUCAAACUAUUAAUUUAUCUAUAUUUACAGCCAGCCGAAACACAACAGCACACAGAUACAAUUGCUCUGACUGUUUUGUUAUUUAGAGCAUCAUAGACUACACAACACAAAAUAACCACUUUAAUACUCUUUGUUGCAGAAAAGGAAUUCAGCGGAAAAAGUUAGCCGUACACAGUCAAUUGUGCAUCAAUCAAAACAAAUGAUGUUGCAUUAGAUUUAGGAUUUAUGUUUCAUUGGAUAGGAAUUUUGUCAGGGUAAAAGAAUCUUGUGUGAAGACAUUAAGGGCUUUGUGUUGUCCAAAGGUAGAAUUCCAAUUUUAAAAUGUAAUGUUGCAAAGUGCAGUCUCUGCAGCACCUGUGGUGUUCAGUGUGCUUAUGUUUGUCCCAUAGCAAUACCAGUAAAAAGAAAGGCACUGUAUUUACUGCUGUUUGUCACUUACUUAUGCAGAUUGUUAUAUUUUUACAGACAUUAUGUGAGGGUUCUAUAACAUACUAAGCUAGGCCAUUGUAAUCUUGAGUUUUAAUAACCCUUUAACAUCUACCUUUAGAAAAAAGGACAGAGAAAUAUGAGCAUAUUUAACAUUUCUUUGGAGCAAAACCAAGUCAAUGCUUUCUCAAAUAGUUGGGGUGACAUUUUAUGGCAAAAGAGAGAAAUUUAGAAAAAGUAAUAAUAUACGUUUUUUCAAAGGGAAUGUUGGCUUGUAAUUAUUUGACACUUGCCAGGUCAUAACAUGUUUGGCUUGAAAGCGGGCCUGCUAAAACUGGGGAAGAACGAUACAGUCUGAAUAGUUUACUACUAUAAUCAGAAUAACUGCUAUAAUCUGUUACUACCAAAUAGUUUAAAACUAAAGAAGCCUUUCAGUAUGUUUGGUUAAUCUACAAGAGCCAAGGAAUCCCAUUACUCUUCUUCAAGACUUUGGCUUGCAGGCAGAAAAAAAGACAGACACUCAAGUAACAUUAGUAGACUUGAGAGUGUUAUUUCAUGUAUUCUACUACUUCUAUUUGACUUUAUGGGAGCAUGAUAAAAAAAAAAAAAGAAUGCUCCCAAACUGUGCGCUCACUCUUCAUGUUUUUGUUAUUGACACAAGGUAAAGGCUGGCAUUAUAAAGUUAAUCUAGCCUUCAUCUUGUGUCUGUUUAGGCAUAUUCUUGAUGCAGUAACCACCCAAACCUUGUUUUUUUUCCAUGUAAUUUAUAACAUGAAAUAUAUAUAUUUAUGUAUAUUUGUGUGAGUGGGGGUGUGUAUUCUAUAGUUUUAGUGGUUGUAAAUUAAUCAUAAAAAUAAUGAUUGUGGGAUUUUUGUUUUAUACGCUGAAUUCUUUUAUAUGUAUAUUCUUUAACUAACUGACAAACAGCAGAAGACAGUGAGCAGGUAAACAUGAAGCAAUGUCAUAACCAGCCAGUCAUUGUUAGCACUUGGACAAUUGUUGUUUUCCUGACUGAAAUCAUGUGAGAAAUUGGAUACACUUUUUGGAUAAACACAAUGAACUCAGAGUUGGAAAAAAAAAUGUAAUUGUGAUUGCCCAUGAUUAUUUCACAAAAAUAUUUUUUUACUUUUUAUUUUACAUAUAUAUGCAUUCUUUAUGGUGCUUUUUAUGAUGUUUGUUCAUAAGCCUUAAUUUAUUCAGUUGCCAUCAAAGAAAAAUAAAUAAUAAAAACA